AUGGAUACUGCAGUUAAUGACCGCAAACGCUCAAGAGAUGAAGCGUUGAAUGCGAUGCCAAAUCCACCAGUGAAACGAUCGAUUAUUAUUGAAAAAUUUGACAAUUUCUUGGAUAAAAGCAAAAAAUACAUAGCCGGCCGCGUCCCAGCUAAGUGGCAUAAACAGCAUCCAAGUAAUCAGAAAGUCGAUCAGACGGAUGCAAUCGAUGGUGUAACAAUGACCAAAGAAGAAUUUACGGUUGUGUUGGAUGUAUCGCAAUACUCGAAAGAUGAUUUGGAAAUUUCCGUCUCCGAUCGAUAUUUGAUCAUUAAAGGUGAUCACAGUGAGCGAGCAGACGAACAGCCUAAUCAACAGUCAUGUCGCGUUGAACGUCACUUUGUGAGGAAAUUCUUGAUUCCGAAAGUGUACGAUAUGGAUUCUACGAAGUCAACACUAGACGAAAACGGUCUUCUGAAAGUGCGCAUUGUGAAGAAAGCGACCCAGGAACCGAAAUUUGUUUAUCACGUUCCUUUAGCUCUACCGUGUGAUGGUGUUAUGGAAACUGAAUGA